AUGUCAAACGGAGAUCCGGUCGAUGCCCCGAUGGCAGAUGCGACGCAAGAGGUUGCUGUGGAUUCUGGGGAUGUUGUACGGCUUAUUAUACAGUUCCUCAAGGAAAAUAACCUCAACCGUUCCAUGCAGACACUUCAAGAAGAGUCCCAGAUUUACUUGAAUGCAGUGGAGUCAGUCGAUGGUUUCUGUGACGAUAUUGACCAUGGACGAUGGGACAAGGUGAUUCAAACUCUCGCUACCGUACAACUUCCUAAGGAUCUCCUCCAAGACAUAUAUGAGCAAGCGUUCUUAGAGUGUUUGGGUGCUGGUGAGAAGCAGUUGUGCGCCCUACUACUGAAACAUAGCGCUCCCAUGCAGAGUAUGAAGGGCGAUAGUCAGAAGAACUUAACGUAUAGAAAAUUGGAUUCGUUGUUGAACAAGCCGUAUAUACCGGUGGAGAGCGAGUUGUAUCAAGGCGAAGAGAAGCCGGAAAUUAGACGGAAAAAACUAAGCUCCCUCGAUAAUACUUGUAGACUUCAUGGAAUGCAUUCCGGUCGUACAUUGAAAGAGUUUCGCGGUCAUACGAGCUAUGUCAACUGCGUCGGCUUUGCGGACGGUCCUGGUCAUCAACGCUUGGUGGUCAGUGGAUGUGCUGACGGCUUCGUGAGGGUUUUCGAUCUGCGAUCGAGCGAAAUUUUACACAAGUUCGCCCCUCCUCCACCAGCAUAUCAGAAUGAGAAUAUCACCUUAGAUGUAAGUUCAAGUGAGGAUACAUUACUCAUUUGUCAGCAGUCGAGCACCGUCCACCAAAUGACUGUGGCUGGUCAACUACUGAAGUCGUAUGAGUCUGGUAAACGCGACGGCAAGGGUGACUUCCUGGCGUUGUGUACAUCUCACGCGGGAAGGUGGAUCUACGCAGCAGCAGAAGAUCGGACAAUUUACUGUUUUGAUACUGCUACCGGUGAGCUGGAGAAUGUGGUAGCAUAUGCUCAAACUGGAGAAGUAACUGCGGUUACGCAUCACCCGAAUAGGAAUAUUCUAGCUGUUGCAACUUCACGAGAAGUGAAUAAACUCAUUAGCCCCGCUGAGCGAGGCGAAUAUAUAUUGCAACACUGGACGGAAAACGUCCCAAGGCCGAGAGCCGAUAAUUCAGUGAUAAAAGUAAUGAAGCAAUGA